GACUGCUCUGCCCCCUGGAGAUGUCAGUCGGUGGGCGUGGCUCCCCGCCGGCCCGCCCCCUUCCCCAAUGUGUCAGCUCUUGUUGUUUCCAGGUGGGACGAUGUCUGCGCACGGGGGGGAGAUCGGGAAGCGACAGCAGCAGCAGCAACAACAACCGGGCGCGACAUCCAGGGGCACCGGCGCAGGCUGGAAGCGCCACAUCAUUGGGCAGCUCAAGCACCGGGACAGGAACCAGAAAGGCCGCUUCCAGGAUGUCAUCCAGUCGUACAAUAAACUGCUGGAGAAGUCAAGUUUACUGAAGCAGCUGACAGAGAACAUACAGACCGAGCCGGCCAGAUUCCAUGAGGAGGUGCUGGGGCCCCCCAGGUUACCAGAUAUUGAUGUGCAACAGAAAGAAAUUGAAGAAUUGGAAGCCUACAAUGGAAAGUUAGCAGUUGAAGCCUGCCAGUUGAGAGCACGAACUCAAGAGCAAGAGGAUAUAAUGAGAAUCCAGAGUAUUAGGGUGACUGAUCUCUCCGAUACGCUGGAGUCGCGGAUAAACCACAAAAAUCAGCUGCUGGACGACUUGGCUUUGAUUGUUGCCACCAAUGCGGACCUGAAAGAGGACUACGACCACAUUCACAGUCAGAAGCAGCGGCUGGAAGCCGAGUAUCAGAACAAAGUGGUGGCGCUCAUGUCGAUAACCGAUGACAUUAUGAAGAGGAAGGCGGCUGACGCAGAGAACCAAAAUAAGUUAAACGACAGGAGGAAAGAAGAGCUGUGGAGACGCCAGAUUAAGAAGGCGCUACGGAAAUCUGUCAGCACUGAUGCAGGCUUGGAACAUGCCCAGACAUCCAGAGGCACGGAGACUCCUGGCAGCCCAGAGGUGGAGGGGACAGUUAAAAAGACAAGGUCUCAGUCCAUGAUCUCCCUGGGGACCUCUAAAUUCAUGGGCACCAUAAGAAACGUUUUAGGUCUCAGCUUCCGAAAAGAAACGGUGGAUUUGCCAAAUGAGGGGAACUGGCACCAUUCUUCAAAUGUCUGUGUGCUGUGCUGUGUGCCCACCAAGGCCCUGUGCAAUAAGGAAGUCCAUGAGUCUGAAGUGCAUGCUGUCCAGUUCAGCCCUAAUUCCAGGAUGGUGGCCACAGGAGGGGCAGAUAGAGUCAUUAAGAUCUGGAAUGUAAAUCAUGGAAUGUUGCAGGUCUGUCGGACACUGGAAGGCAGCGGUGGUGGGAUCACCAGUAUAGAAUUCGACCCCUCCGGCCUUCAUAUUCUGGCUGCGUCGUUUGAUGGUGCCGCCCACCUCUGGAAAUUAGACGGUAAAGCUUAUGAGUCUCUCACUGGCCACACAGGGAAGGUAACGGCUGCUAAAUUCAAGAUGUCCCUGCACCGGGCUGUGACCUGUAGCUUGGACAGGACAAUAAGGGAAUGGGAUCUCCAGAAAGCAGCGUGUACAAGGAGAAUUUCAGUGUCUUCGUAUUGCAGUGAUGUGGUUUGUUCUGAUUACUACAUGAUCAGUGGGCACCAUGACAAGAAAAUCCGAUUCUGGGACAGCAGGUCAGAGAACUGCUUUAGGGAGGUGACACUGGAGGAGAAGAUCACUUCUCUUUUCAUGGACCAAGAACAAGGCCAACUGCUAAGCUGCUCCCGGGACGAUGUUCUGAGCCUCUUCGACUUGCGCACAAGUAUCGUCCGGCAGGUAUUCAGAGCGGAUGGCUUCAAGUGUGGAUGUGAUUGGACUAAAGCCAUACUGAGCCCCGAUGGGAAUUACACCACAGCCGGCUCUGCGGAUGGCACCAUCUUCAUAUGGAACACACGCACAGGAUUACUGGAGAGGAGCCUCAAUGGGCAGCAUAAAACCUCGGUGAAUGCGGUGACUUGGUCAGUGUCUGGAGACUAUGUGGUCAGUGUAGACCGGGGUAAGAUGGCCGUUCUGUGGAGCGACUAUUAAAACCUUCACAAUGUCUUUCCGCUUCCUGUACAUGGGAUGAGUCUCAGUGGGACAGAGAAUUUGGAUAAUUUUGACGACAUUGCAACAAAGCUGCUAAAAACCAUAUGGACGAGCCUUGGUGACGUCACUUCCAGUCUCCGUGAUGUAGGAGCCUCUUGGUGCCAUCAUCAGUGAAGUGACAUCAUAUCCAGCCUCUGUGACAUCAGCACAGUGACAGCAUUCAGAUCUCCGUGAUUUUGGAAUCUUCUGAUGACACAAACCCAGUAAAAUUAGUACCAGGCUAAUGCCAAACUCAAACCAGCCAAAGAGUCACAUGGGCAGAUAUGGCGCCACUGUAGCAUACACCUGUGCCAAGUCUCAUAUUGACAUGAACAUAAGGCUGUGUUUAGCAGGGUCCAAGCUGGGGCCACCACCCUUGGUCCUUCACAUGUUGGGCCUUAUAUUUUGGACAAUGCUGCCAAAGACUGCACACACUCUAUAGAACACCUGUGCCAAAGUCUUUAAGAUGAGUGUGUGGCCGGCCUGUCUCAUGGUGCAGAGUAAGGACAUUUUUAUUAAUUUAUCUCUCAUGCUCUAUGUAUUAUGGGAUAGCGUAUUCUGCACUCUCUUGACCAUUUGCACUUACCCGUCUAGCCUUAAUGUGAAGACCACAAAAGUCGCCAAAUCAUUAACCUCCUACCAAAUAUGUCUGUCUCAAACAAUCAUUUCUGGACUGUUCAUUCACUUUGCUUGGCCUGUGAGAUAUACACCAUUUCAAUAUGGCCCCACAAAAGAGGUUCCAUAGGUUCUAUGGAAUCCCUAGUCACAAACGAGGUGUCACCCGUCUAGGGAAAUGGGCCACGGAUGGCACCAUAAAUAAUAAUGUGACUACAAUAAUAAGAUAAAAAAAAGGGGAUUCUGAGAAGUUCGCCUGGAAUGUCACUGAUCAGUAUAGUUAAGUGAGCCUGUGCCCAGCAUUGGGCAGCGAACCUGGGCUUUUAGCUAAACAGACCACAUAACCAUUCUCAGCACCCUAGAUUUGUUUUUGCCUUUGCAACAAUGCACCGCUGAGAGGUUCUCUGAUACUUUGGAAUGGUCAGAAGGAUAGGUGUGUGAUUAUUGGAUAACCAGAGGGCAGAUUAAAGCUCAACACCUUUGAAAACCCAUAGGUAAAUUUUUCAUUGAAUUUGAUGUACCUUAUGGUAUGUUAAAGUCUGAUUGGUUGGAUAGAUUGGUGGGUCAUUGUGGGCAGACAGACCAAUGUUUUAUGAACAAAAAGCAGCCGUUCACCACAAACAAAGUCAGAACUGGAUACACGGUCAGGCUAGAUGCUUGACAGACUUGAUAGUCUUAUUUGGAUCAUGUUGGCCCCCUAUAAUAAUUCAAUGUUUUAAUAAGUAUGUUUGCCUUGAAAUAGUUUUGCCAUACUAUACAGAACUGGCUUUGGGGCUCUAAUAUGAGUGGUUGACAUUGCCUUAUCACAUAAGUGGACCCCAGUAUAGCUGCAGUUGUAGGUAGGUGGAGGUUGGUCUAGUAGGGCAAGGUGGUUUCAAAAGGACAAGAUGUUUACAAUGGGGCAAGAUGAAGAAGGUAGCACAAGAGGCUAUAGUAGGGCAAGAUGGGGACAGUAGAAAAAGAUGAGGUAGUAGAACAAGAUGGAGAUAGCAGGACAAGGUAGUGAUUGUAGGACAAGGUUGGUUACAGUUAGGCAAGGUGGAAACAAUAGAACUAGAUGGAUAAAGUAGCGCAAGAUAGUGACAGUAGGACAGAUGGAAAUUAUAGAACGCAAUGGAGACAGUAGAACAAGAAUGUGACAAUAGUACAAGAUGGUGGCAGUAGGACAAGAUUGAGACAGUAGGACAAGAUUGAGACAAUAGGGCAAGAUGGAAACAGUAGGACAAGAUAGUG